GUUGAGGCGUCAAUGUGAGUGAAUUCACGAUCUUCGAAGUAGCCCCAGAAAGAUGUAGUUUCAAACUAUGUGACUUGUGUUCAGCUGGAUGUUCUUUGUGGAUUAUCGUUUAAGUUUCACUCGGAAACGGACAGCAACUUAUCAAAAUGGCAGCAUCCCCGCAAGGCUACAUGUCUGAUCACCGUUACAUCGACAGGGGGAAGAGGGAGACGGCCUUCUCCAUCAAGUGGAUUGUGUAUUGUGUUGUGUUUUUCUCUGUGAUAAUAUGUACCAAUUCUGUAGUUCCAUACCGUAACUGUGUGUCAAGCACGGGUCAAGACUUGGCAUGUUUUGCCUCGUCGGAGAACGUUGAAAACAUUAACACGACGUUGACGGUAACGCCGCUCGACGUCACCUGUGGGCAGACAACAACCGACUUCUACCUUCGACUUGGAGAUGUGAUCACCCCGCAAAACUGCACACUAGGUCAACACACGAAGGAGAAGAUGAUUGACACCCUAACUACUACAUGGUGGCAGUCAAAAACGUGGCCAAUCAGCCAGUACGAAUCUACGUUCCCUGACCACCAAUACCCUAUCAACAUCACGUUGUCCUUCAACAAGACGUACAGAAUGUCGGCCAAUUUGACGUUGACCUUCAACUCUGGACGUCCCCAGGUGAUGGCCAUUUACAAGUCUAUGGACAAUGGUGCCACUUGGGUUCCGCUCCAGUACUAUGCCAGAGACUGCGCCAAGGAGUACCCCAACGUGCCCAUCGCCAUCACGGCUAACAACAUGACGACGGUGAUCUGUACAGCGGACUACAGCAAGGACACAGGGAACCCGAAGCCAGGCGGGAAGGUCGACUUUCCUGGUCCGGGAGAGAGGAUUAAGCUGAAGACAGAAGACACCACACAGUAUUACGUUGAGCUGGAGAAUAUUAAGGGAUUCUUCAAAUUCACAGAUAUUCGUAUACAAUUGUUUUACCCGGCUACAGAUUCCAAGGAAGCCAGUAGAAACAGAUUUGACUUCCUUCGCUACUACUAUGGAAUCUCGGACAUUAACAUUAGAGCCAAUUGUUUCUGCAACUUGCACGCCGCCUCCUGCAUGUCCGACCUGAACGGCGACUCCAUGUGCGAGUGUCAGCACAACACCGCGGGGAAGGACUGUGAGCGAUGUUUGCCCCUCUACAACAACAAACAAUGGCGGGAGGGCAGCUUCCUGCCGUCCCGAAACGGCACUGCGCAUGCGUGUGAAAAAUGUAUGUGUAACGACCACGCCGACAGCUGCACCUUCAACUCCACGUUGAUCAAAGGCGUGUGCGACAACUGCCUCCACAACACCACGGGGACGAUGUGUGAACAGUGUCUAGACGCCUUCUACCCUGACGUGUCACUACCCCUGAAUGACACCAAGGUCUGCCUGCCGUGUGACUGUGAGGCCCUCGGUGUCCUGGACCCUGCUAACCUCAAGUGUCAGAAGGACAGAGCACAGCCCAACAUCGGCCAGUGCACGUGCAAGGCCAACGUGACCGGCCGGCGGUGUAACCUGUGCCAGCCCGGGUUUUACGGCCUGCUGCUGCCAGAGCCGGGCACCUGUAAACCCUGUGGAUGCAACACUAAGGGGACAAUUGGCAACAGCAUCGUCUGUGACAACAGUAACGGCAACUGUCCCUGCAAGACGUCCAUCGAGGGCCGAGUCUGUGACAAAUGUAAAGCGGGUUACUACCAGUUUCCAGCCCUGUCCUCUGACGAAUGUAAAAGUUGUUCUUGCGACCCCGGUGGGUCGACGAACGCGUCGUGUGAUUCUUUUGGAAUGUGUGGGUGCGCCCCCCACGUCACCGGCACCAAGUGUGAGCAGGCGGAACUCUACUUCUAUAUUCCACUACUGGACGAGUUCAUUCUCCAACCAGAGGGUGGGACGUGCACCAUUGAUGGAGAUCUCUGGACUCCGACAAAACCGUUUGAUGGUUCGACCUUCGCCACCUGCCCGCCAAGCGGGGAAAAGGUCGUGGAAUUUAAAUAUCAAGGCACCAAUGACCAGUUCGAUGUCACAUGGCCAUACAAUCUGGGCGUUCGGUAUUCUCUGGGAGGCGUGACGGCAAGGGUUGGUGCUCAACUGGAGCUCACUGCGACCGGAAAUACACAACAGAUACCGGCAGGGUCAUGUGGACAAGCAUUGAGAACUCCCACUACCUUAACGUUAAAUCUCAUACCUGGUCAAUCCACUGCUGCGAUGGCAAGCCCAGCCGUGACCAUAGACAGGAGAUGUCAAUACACAUUAAAGCUGACCCUCCCAGACCACGUGAACGGCACCAACUCCACCCUCAUCGACUCCCUCAUAUUCCUCCCUUCCCUCAAUAACAGCGGACAGAUGUUCAGAAUUACAACAGAAAGGAGCUCCGAUGCUGCCCUGUACACAGACACAUGCAUGGGUCAGUUGGCAGCGCUGUCGUCACGCGAGGCCGCCAUUACAAACGAAACGUGCCGGAAGGUGCUGUACACGGUGUCCGCGGAGGUGUACAAGGAGGGGAAACCUUGUCAAUGCAAUCCUGUUGGAACCCUUAAUAGCACUUGUCAAAAUGGCCAAUGCACGUGCGCUCCUCUUGGUGGUCAGUGCACGUGCAAGCCCGGGGUAGGAGGGCGCCGCUGUGACGUCUGUUUUCCCGGCUACUUCGGUCUGUCGUCGAGUGGAUGUACACCCUGUGAUUGCGGCCCCUAUGGAUCUGUCAAUGGCGCUUGUAACAGCACCACCGGCCAAUGCAAGUGUCUCCAGAAUAUCGCUGUUGCCGGGCAGAUGGAUGCAAACGGGAACAAGACAGACAGACAGUGCCGCGCAUGUCUGGCUGAUCACUAUGGUUACGGACCGAGUGGCUGCGUAGAAUGCGGGUGCAAUGCCACUGGAACAAAUAAUAAUGAGACGCAGUGUAGCGCGUUUGGACAGUGCCCGUGUAAGCCAACCAUUAGUGGAAUGAGAUGUGACGCCUGCGCAGACUCCUACUACAGCUUCAGCGCUAGUGGCUGUCAGAAAUGUGACUGUGACCCUAAUGGCAGCACGGCCUUGACCUGUGACCCUGUGUCCGGGGUGUGCAACUGUAAGUCCAACGUCCAGGAUAGCAAGUGCAAUCAAUGUAAACCAGGAUUCUUUAACCUGGCGGGGUACAAUCCUAGAGGAUGUCAGCCUUGCUUUUGCUUCAACCAUAGCAACGUCUGUGCAGCGGCUGACGGCUUUACCGUGUACAACAUCACAUCGGCGACAACUACUGGAUGGGUCGUCAACGGAAGUAACAUUCUCGCACCGGAAGCUUACCUUGGAGACAAAAGCUCCUCUUAUGGCCAACUCAUCAUUGCUGAUAUGUUCCUAACGGCGGGGAAUGUCUCACAGGAGUCGCUCAUUACUGUGCGAGGAGCUGGGGCGGAACUGGUUUACAGGCACUCGGCGUCGACUACAGCAGGGAGGAACGUAAUCGAAACACGACUGUUACCCGAGAACUGGCUCCUCAACAACCAGAAUCCUUCGCCACACGCCAUGUACAAUAUCCUCUCAUCUAUAACACAACUGAUGUUCAAAAAUGAAAUAAACUCAACUCGGACAGACGUGUCAACUGUAACCAUGGUAACGGCAGCAGCAUCCGCUGGCGCCACGGCGCAACUUGGCGCCAGUUUUGUAGAAAAUUGUACUUGUAAUGCUCCGGACAACGUUGGAGGUCUGUCUUGUGAGAAGUGCAGUGCAGGUAAUUGGCGAUCUGCCUCCUUGCCAAAUGAUACUCGUUUCGGCAUGUGCAUUGCGUGUGACUGCACCGGGCGGACUUUCGGUGAAAGGCAAUGCAACGAGACGACGGGGGUUUGUCUUAACUGCCGUAACGGGACAACAGGUGACAAGUGUGAGAACUGCUCUGUUAAUGUUGUGGGAGCUCAGUGUGAUACCUGCGCCGAUAGGUUCUGGGGUCUCGGCGCUGAUGGAUGUAGAGACUGCAACUGUUCCACACCCGGAACCACGGCAGCCUCAUUAUGUGACAAGGCGACCGGGCAGUGUGUGUGUGCUGCUCAUGUGACCGGAAGGCAGUGUGACAAGUGUGAAGAUAACUACCAUAACCUCACAGUGUCGGGUUGUCAAGAGUGUGACCAGUGCUACAAGCUGGUGAUGAAGGAGGCGGACAAACUGCGUGGACUGCUGACCAACAUGACAGACACACUGACCAAUCUCACCACAAACGAUGAUACCCAGAGACUUGGCAACUUUGUUGAUCGGGUGGACAACGCUUCGAGAUCCCUUUCCAGACUUCUUAACUUCUUGAAUGACGCCAACGCAGAGGAGGCCAGAACUCAGACCUUGAUCGACCAGUUUAACAGCACACUGGUGACCUUGACCUCUAACCUCAACACUGGCAACAGCUCAGACCUUCCGCUGAUACAGCAGCGCCUUCAAGAAGCGACUUCGACCUUGAGUGGCGCCAGCACGAAGCGGGACCAGGCAGUUGCCAACAUCAAGAGCAUCCAUGCGGCGUCAGGACCACUGAAACAAAUAUGGACGUCCUUGACCUCGCUUGUGACGUCGUUGAAAGGGGUGCAAACUUACCUGAUGUCCCUGUCGUCGGACGCCUCCUCACAAGUCACCAACAUCAUGGCCACCGUUGAUGAGAUAGAACGCGUAGCUAGGCAGUCGUUCAACAGGACCCUGCUUGACUACACGACCGCUGGCAAUCUGAAUAUAUUGCAUCGGAACACCACAACCGACAUCACCAGGCUCGACAACAUCGACUCAGUCCUUGAAACUGUGUCAACGACGGCCCUGGCUGAAGCAAUAAGGAUUCAAGCAAAGAGCAACACCACGCUAGCUACAGCUAACCGCCUACAGAGCGAAAGCAUACAAUUCAACAACCUUGAUCUGAAACUACAAGAACAAAAUUUGACUUUCAUCUCUUUCAGGAAUACUUUAGAGGCCACCAAGGCAAUGGCUGUGACAGGUAAAGCUGGUGUGGACAAUAAGGCGACGGCAGUAGCAAUAGCCAUCAGCAACUCGGAGCAGCAGCGAAUGAACACCAACAACAUUAUCAAGCAGUGCGACGAAAUCAACGCCCGGGUGACGGCGGCGGAGAGAAUGGCCGAGGACGCCAAGCUCAACUCAGAGAAGCUGUUCAAAGAGGCAGAGUUGAUGAGGGACACUAUGAUGAACUUCGAAACCAGGGCACUUGCGGUCGAGCAGCAGGCAAACACGUCUCUCGCCAGUGCGAGGGCGGUGACGGCGGAGAGUCAAAAGGUUAUCGAAGACGCUGCUGCUCUGAUGACGACGAUGACUUCAUCGCAGCAGACAUCGUCACUGGCUCUUAAUACAGCAAGACAGGCGAAAACCGUCGCCCAGAGCCAGAAUACUGCCAUCACCAGUGUAGCGGCCACAGCCAAUCAACUGGGAGUCAUGUCCGACCUGGGGAUGUACCAGAACAAGUCUCUUCUUCCAAGCACCAUCAACACAACCAUUCUCAUGCCAGCUAAAAGCAAGUGUGAUUCCACUACAACCGACGUUGCUAGCGCCACCACUGUCAUCAACAACGCCACCACCAGUGCAACAAACGUCAACGCCGAUGUCGCUCGAACCCAAGCCGAGGCCAGCAGAGUACUUGGCGUCAUCAUGAACAUCCCGGGACUCAACAUCGCGACCAUCGAGUCUCUGAAGACGCAAGUUGAUCGGUUGAAGGGUCAGUUUAACAGGGAAUCGCUCACUGCAACGAUCACUGGACUUAAAACUGCCCAUGAGGCCCAGACAGCCUGGCUUGAGGGAAUAAAAGCGAAAAAGGCAGAUCUUGAGAGACAGGUCAAUGACAUGAAAUUAUUGGAGAGACAGAUUUCGUAAUGUAGGGAAAUUCUGAUGCGUGUAUUGGCAAAUGUCGCAGUGCGUAAUCACCUGCUUUGCCGCCUCUGCUGAUGGUACGAAAUGUAUUGGGACGUGCCUAUAACCUUAUUUGCCAUCAGUUACUAUGAUUAAUAUGUGAUUUGGGGCUCGAAAUGUUUUAUUUCAUCAUUUUUACACGUUUUGUAAAUAACAUCUUUUUUAUUUAUAUGCAAAGUUGACGGAACGUGGGAAACAUCUCCGACACACACGUCUUUUGAAUGUGAUCUGCCGUGGGUGUGUUUUCCUCUGAUACCAAAAAUACAACUUUCUUUUUCUGUGAAAUUAACACAGAUACUAUCACAACUUUCAAAUUCAUUCAGCAUUAUGUUUCUCAUCGAUUGGCUCAGACAAGUUUCGUUAAUGCUUACUUCUUCCUUAUUUGCUCAAAUGAUUUACAUAUCCUUCAGUGAUGUUGAUAUAGAGAUAUUUGAUUCAGUGAUUUUUAACAAGCGAAACAAGAUGCUGAUUCAUCAUUAAAUGAUGCAGUUUAUGUUCAUGUUUUGUAUCGUUUUAUAAAAUAUUUUGGUAAAUGGAGUAAAGAAAAUAAUUAGAACCUCAAAUAUACAUAAAAACCUAAAGACCUUUUCCAUAUUCCAAAUAAACCGAUAAUUUUAUUUCAAUGGUCAGCGACACCCUAUAAGUCCGACACCCUAUAAGUCCGGAGAUCCCGCUAUCUGAACUUCUUUAAUACAAGUGGAAUAACUCGAUCCCAAUUGCGUGGAUCGAUGCUCAUGAUGUCAAUCACUGGAUUGUCUGGUCCAGACUCGAUUAUUUACAGACCGCCGUCAUGUAGCUGGAAUAUUGGUGAGUGCGGCGUUAAACAACAAACCAACCAUAGCCAUGACCAGAUAGUGUAUGCUUAUCUGCAUGCCUUCUCCGUGACACCAAUCCUGUCAGAGUUCAGGCCUUUUACUGUUAACUGUAUACACACGUGGAUACCUUGGUUCCCUCUCCCGAUGGAUGAACAGUGUGAUAGACACUGUUCAAUGCGCGUUACCCUUCUAUAUACUGUAUUUUUACAUUCAUAUCAGCAAGUGGUGUUCUAGGUAACUAUAGGACGCAUGGGAGUUUUACUGAAGGCUGUACACAACGUUUUUGGUCAUAUACAUGCAACCCUACUUCCUGACACUGAAGAUCAUGGCUAGGUCUUCAGCAACCCAUGCUUGCCAUAAAAGGCGACUAUGCUUGUCGUGAGAGGCGACUAACGGGAUCGGGUGGUCAGAUUCGAUUAUUUACAGACCGCCGUCAUAUAGCUGGAAUAUUGCUGAGUGCGGCGUAAAACAACCAACCAAUCAAUCCUUAUACUGAGGAGGAGCCAACCGUUUCCUGUUCCCGUAAAUGAUGAAAAAAGACAAAAUUCUGAAAUUAAGGGACCAACCAUACUUUUUCAGCUCCAGCUACAAAACCAGAUAUUUUUUUAUUUAAAACUGUGAGCGUGACCUUUUUAUAAACCGCACCGUGCAGGAAUUUUUUUUCUUCAACACUCUGAAGAAUAGUUAGUUUUUUUAUAUGUCAAAUGGUCGGCCCCUAAUGUGUCUGGAAUAAUCUUUUUCAGACAAAGAUGUCUGACAUUGACUUCAUUUACUGUUCGUCAACAUUUCUUUCCAGCCAACUUUGAGAAUUACUUAACGUCAAAAGCAAUAUCGGAAAAUUAUGAAACUCGAUAGAAUGGGAAAAAACUAUUGUCUUGUUCUUUGUGGGAGAAUAUGAAUGCAUUGUAUAUACACAUACAUAUCGUGGACAUUAAACCUUAAAGUAACCUUCUUUUGUUUCAUGUCAUACAUGUCUGCACAGAUGCACAGGCCACCAUAUCGGUCAGGUCUUUCUGCCUUUUAACGCCGUUACGGUUGUGUUGUACCAUACAUAAUUGAUCAGUUAUGUCCAGUAGAUACAUACAGGUACAUUAUCCAUAAGGAAUCUUUGUUUACAUACACUGUAAAUACUUUAUUUAUUCAUCUGUUGUCGAGCGUUGUACAUCAUUUAUAUUGGUUCCAUAAAAAAAUGUGUUAAAUUUGUCAACUUAUUUGUGGAUAUAUUUGGUCAUGAAUUAUGUAGAUGAAAAAAAAUAAAAUUAUUGUAUUAUUAAUAA